AUGGCCAGCGCCAACUUCUCUCUCUUCUCCCGGGCCGACAUUCAGCAGCUGGUCUCUGAAUACCCGGAUGACAACCUUUCCGUCUCGGGUCAGGCUGAUCUGAUCAGCCGGCUGUUGGGGCAGUCCUCCCCCGACUCCAAGUCGAUCGUGGCGGUGAUGUGGCAGCUCGGUGAGCUGAUGGCGGACCUGGUCUUCGUGGUGGACCCGCUUACCACUACGCCGUGGUAUCUGCACCUGGUCCUCACGCAGGACACCCUCUUCCUCGCCCUGCACAAGCUUCGUCUUGAUGCAGCUCCUGCAACUUUCGGCGCCUAUCUGGACGCCCUCCUUGCUUCCUUCGCCACGGAUCCCCUCAGCGCCGGGGUCCUGGCAAUCCACACUCACGCCUCCGAGCAAUGGCUUGAAAUCAAGGACGAUCUUUUCGACCGCCUGGGCAGUGAGCAAGGUCAAGUUGACCCGACUGUCCCCUGCCAGCCAGUCAUGCCUGCUUCCUUGGCGACUGGCAGCGUCCCUGUCCACACGCAGGACGUGGCAGACCGAAAGCGUCGGCCUUUGGAGGAGGGUGAGGUGUCUCAGACGCCGGCGAAGCUUGCCCCGAAGAAGGGCAAGAGAAGAGCAGAGGAACCGGCGCCUGGAGAUGAGCUUCGAGGGAAGCUGAGUUGGGGGACUCCAGUCCCCAACGACAAGGAGCAAGAGGAGAUGCCUCGGGGUCCCAGUACCCCUCGCGACCAGGGGCCCAGCACUCCCCAGCCCAUCGUCUUGAGAGAUGGGUCGGUGAUCAUGCCGGCGUGGAGUGCGACCUUCGGGCCACCACCUGGAGCACCUCGAGGCAGGAAGUGGAGGUAG